ACCACAUGAGGAAUUGAAAUGGCUACGGGAAACGUAACCAAGAAAGCAUUUACUUAUUUACUAGGUGUUUGUGUACCUUCGCCGAAGCAGAAUGCUGCUAAAAUACGUAUACGUUCCUUAGAACUGGACGAACACAUUUCAAUGUAUUUCAGGAAGUAUGAUUUCGUUUUCGCUGCCGAUCCUGAGAAACUGUGUAAAACCGGCGACACGGUGUUGAUAAAGACCUUACCAGAGAAAUUAACACGCCAUAUUACACAUAAAAUUGUCGAAGUCAUUUAUCCAUUGGGCGAUAUGACUGACCCUGUAACUGGCAAGAAAAUUGUCGCUGGAAGAUACAGGGACCAUAUCAGAGAAGAUGCAAUGCGUUUUGGAGAAUUGGAGUCUAUGUAUAAGUACGAGGAAGCACCGCCUAGAGGAAAGACGGAGAAUAAGCGAGAUUUCACUAGCAAAGAGACUUACGUUAAAUACCAAGAGGGUCCGGAUGAUCCAAAGGAUCCGUACUGUAUCAACCCGUACUGAUUUAUACAUAGACGAAUGUUCAUAGCGUUAUUAGAUUUUUACUGCGUACAAAAAUGUAUUUCAGAUUGUAAUUGCCAAGAAAAUAUAUAUUUAAUUCAUUAAGAAA